GCUGCUAACGUUUAGUCAUAUCACCCAUCCUCUCUCGCGCGCUUGGUUGUUUCAGAACUAGUGCUGUGUUGUGUUCAAAACUAGACAGCAAGACACAAAAGCAAAAAUGAGUUUAAAUGGAAAACAUUAAUGUGCAGCAACCAGUAUCACGGUUUCGGGCCAAGUUGUUUCGUUUUUCGGUGACCUACGAAAGGAAUUGAGCAGAAUAUUUUGAUGUGUUUCGAAGUGAAUUUUCAAGUGUAAACCUGUACACGGCUGACACACAGAGGAACCCUUCAGAGAAGUGCCACAGUGAAGACAGUUUUUUUUAUCAGUUUUGCUCGGGUGGAGUGCUGCGGCGGACACACACUGGGAGUUUAGUCCGCAUCGCGCAAAGUGAAGUGAAACUCGAAAAGUGACAGACAGAGCGCUGAGUGUGUGAGCGGAUUGAAUGUGUAGAAAUUACGAAAAUAAUUCAAUAAUGGCGCACGGACUACAUUCGAUGAUAAAAAGUGAAAUUAGCUGCGGGAACGGAGGAAAACCACGGGUAGAACAACAGCAACGUCCCGGAGGCAGUAACAGCCAGAGCAGUUCGGGUGCCGCUGGAAAGAUGGGUUCCCGAAGGAUCUUCACACCGCAGUUCAAACUGCAGGUGCUGGACUCGUACAGGAACGACAGUGACUGCAAGGGCAAUCAGAGAGCCACGGCUCGCAAGUAUGGCAUCCAUCGGAGACAGAUUCAGAAAUGGUUGCAGGUGGAGAAUAAUCUCCGCUCUGCGGCGGCCAACAGCACCUCUAGUGGAGCGGGCGCUGCGAUGAAAAUUAAUCUCAUAGGCAAUCAUCAGGCUCAACCCGCCCCACAGCCCCAGUUCCAACUGCAUCCGCACCAUCUCCACCACCGUCAUAUUCACCAUCAGAAUCUGAAUUCCAUCGAACUAAAAGUGCCUCUGGAUUCAACCAGACACCGCGUCGCUCAAAACGCCAGUUCUAACAAUCACAACAACAACAACAACAACAUCAGCAACGGCAAAGAGAGCAGCAGCGCUUGUAUAAUAUCGCCCGUUUCCACUCACACAGCGUUAGCGCCAUUCUCGCAUCCACACCACGAAACUUCGUCGUCGUCAGCAAGUCUAUCGGUACUUAAACCGCACAGCCGCGGCGAUUCGGCGGCGGUCAUUAUGGCGGUGAGCCAAGUGCAGCGGCCAAGCUUUUCCCCCGUGUCCGGUGAUUUUCCAGUCACCCCGACGCCAACUCAUCCCUACGACCGGCUCAAUCUGCUCGAUCCGUACUAUCCGCACCAUCCCUAUCAUCACCACUAUGGCAAGUACGCGAUCGACUGCCCAAUCGACCUUUCGCUACCGCAGCACUAUCGAAGCAAAUUGGAUCAAGCUCUCUCACCCUGCUCGACCAUUUCAUCGGUCUACUCAUCGCGGCCACAAUCCAUCACACCGGCCCCAGUGGAAAUUAAGAUUGAAGAGCCAUCCCACGAGCCCGCCUCGGACGAUUGCGAAGCAGUCGACCUCUCCUGUCGGAAGCGAAAGACCAGCUCCCCUAGCGAUGACUCUGCCGACGAUGCAAGUCCUCCCAAAUCCAUCAAACUCUUCAAACCCUAUCUGUUGGAUGAGAAAGAUGACGAGAAGGAUUCCACGAUUGAUUCACCCGAUCCUUCGGGGAGGCCCGAUUAUCCCAUCAUUUGGAACUUUCAUGCCCAGCAGCGAUAUUACGAAGGCCUCUUCGAGUACAAUGGUGGAAAAUCCCCGUACGGCUUUCCACCGAGUCCUCCCUAUCUACACCAGCCGUUGACUCCGAUCCCGCGAACCCCUUUCAGUAGCACCCUCUCGCCAUCACCUCCGAGUACCGCGUGCAGUAGCACCCACUGGGCCCAACCGCAGGCUUCACCGGUGUCCGGCUACGACAGUUCUACCUCGAUCUCGUCCAUCUACAGCAACGAUGGAGACGAUGGCUACAGCUACAACCUGGAACUGAAGCAACAGGCCAUCGAAAGCUACUACCACGAUGCCAACUGCCGGGGAGACUUCCGUGCCGUCGCAUCCAAGUACAACAUCAACCGGAAGUACGUGGAAAAGUGGCUCGCCCAGGAGGAUCACCAUGCACUUCCAGCACCGCCAACAGCCCUGCCACAGGUCGUCGUCGGGUAAGCCAUUUGAAUCCAUGUUCAGAUCUAAUCAAAACAAGGAUUUCGAUCCCGGCCCCUCCCGGCUCCAUUCUGAUAAUAUUUUAUCGCUGAACACGAGUAUAUACGAUUAGUCCUGUGAUGUCCUGUUUGUUUUGUUCGGUUUAGUUCGACCCGGUAGCAAUGGUCAUGUAAUGAUCACGGUCAGUUUAAUUGAUUCGUCACAGUUCGGAGUGCACGGGGCACUACCGAGUCCACAGGGACUUUGUUGGAAUAACUGAAAUGUGAUAUUUAUAACAUACAUAUACAUAUACAUACAUAUACCGAUGCGUAUCGAGUAAGUUUUGUCAGGAUUAGCUGCUAGCAGAUUAUCGUAGUGAGAAAACAGCCGUAAACUAUUGUACAGAAGGGAAGGUGUGAAAGGAAUUUUCGGAAAGGUACAUGUUUCAAUCUUGCAAUCAGCGCGCAGCUCGGAGCAGGUCUCCGAGCGUACGGGUUUUUCGUUUUGGGAAUUUUGCUGUUAAAAUCACUUGAAAGAAUAAAUAUGCUAAUUUUUAUGGGACUGCGUACAGGCAGGAAUUGGUUUCGUAAUUAGCAUAACAAUUGCUUUUUAUUAACAGAGCCAAGGGAUCAGCAACCGUAGGUGGUCUAGGCGAGAGAGAGAGAGAGAGAGAGAGUGAGAGAAAUGAAAGUUAACAUCGCUUGACGCAGGUGUUGCAGCCCUCUGCAGAACUUAGGAUCCGCCCCCUGAGAAUUAACGAACACAUUUCGGCCACCGCAGGAUCGCAGGUAGAUCCUUGGCGUUAUAUGAUCUCUCCCUAUAUCCCGUAUUCGUUUACCUUCUACCCCCGGUCGUCGUCGAUGGACGAAUACAAAUCACAGGUGCCAUAUAGUUUCUAGCCUUUUAUUUUCGUUUUCAUCCCAAACCGAGCCAAGUGCGAAAUCGGGGGCUGGAAUAUAAUCUGCUCAUAUCCCCUGCAACUGCAAUAAUAACAAAGCAAUAAAAGCAACACCUUUCGCUCUCUCUAUCUCUCUCUCUUGAGCCGGCAGGUCAAGCGCAUAAUCCGUCGGGAUUUCCCACAGUCUUGAAAGUUUUCAUUUCACACAGCAUUUGACUACCCCUAGAUGCCCAUCGACAAGCCACCUCUAAAUGGCCGAUGAGGCAGAAAUGUCAAUCCCGGGGUCGCGGUGCGAAAUUCGACGCUCGUAAACAAAAUGGCUGCCACUGUGAUCAUCAGCAGGAGUGGCUUGCUGCGAUCGAUUGCGUCACUUCUCCCCUCCCCCACACCAGACCAAUGAUUGCUUUGUAGAUCUCAAGCCAAGCGCGAAAACCGAAAAAUAAUAACAAAAUCACGUUGCUCCACUACACAAACAGCGCAAAACGAUGCAACUAAAAUUAGGGGAAUGAUUGAACAAUCGUUAGCAGAAAACGAAAAAUAAAGGUGCCACUAAUUACCUGACAACUAUUGCCAACAACUACCAUAGCGUCCGCGUGUCGUGUCGACCGACGGGGUUUGUGUGUGUCAUCCGUCGUCGUCUCGUCGUUGCACUGAAUUAUUGUGUAUUUCCCAACGACCGACCGACCGACCGACACUCGACCAGUAGAUUUGAGCGAAAAUUGCACCAAUGAUUUCAGCGCUUUAUUUUUGAGCCAUCGCAUCGUUUCGCGCAAUCGACGAGAAACACUGUACCUUUCCGACCGGUUCCAAUCCCACCCCAAGCAUAAAAUCAAAAGAAUCAACGGAAUUAUCAAAAAUCAGAACAAUCCUGUCAAAUACUAAUUAGGGAGAACAUAUUUGUGAAUAUCAAGUGCCUAAUUGAAUAACAUUUAAAGAAAUAAGCAUCAAGCAAGUUAAUUGAUAGAGUAAAGAAAAAAAAAAACAAAGUAAAUCAAGUGCCAAUACAAAACAUAAAAUACACACAGCUAUACCUAAUGUAAGCAAUUUAUCAACACUGAUCCCCAGUUACUUCAGAGCGCGUUUUCAGGUGGAACAAUAAUUUCAUAUCUUGAUGUAAAUACAAGAACAACUCAUGUGUCAUCCUUUGAUCAGCAUUCAUUUUUUUUUUUCGUUUUUAAUUAAGUUAAGUGGGAAACGAAAGAUUUCUGCUGAGCAUCCUAAUUUCACGAUCAUAACUUAUCUAGUUGACUAGCGUGUGCAUCCAUCAUGAGGAAAAAGUAUACAGAUUAGUUCGUAAGCGGUUACUUGUACUAAUUAUUCUUUGUAGAUUUGCUAUAUAGGUUAUGAUUAUCACUCUCGUUUUCUAAAAAAAAAGAUGGAAUGAAAAAUUAAGCAAAAAUCAGUAGUUUUAUCCGACCUUGUAAAUACAUGCGAGCAACAGCAAAGUGCAAGCAGCCAUAUUUGGAUGAAUGCGAAUGAAUCAUUAGACAGAGAGAGAGAUAGAAGGAGAGAUAGUUCCAGUGGGACGUAUUUUAAACUAUUUAAAAUCGGAAUGAACGAGGCGAAGCAAGAAAACAUAUUGUAUUUUCUAUUCUACUAUACAACCGCGAAUGAAAGGAUGUUCUUUUUAUUUGAAUCAGAAAUAAAAGAUGAGAAAUAUAUCUAUACUAUGAUAGUUGUAAAACAUUAUCAUAAACAAUUUAAA